AUGGCGUACUUGCUGACCUUUGGCGUAAUUGGUGCAUUGGUCCUGGCCAGCUUAAUGCUCUAUCGAUAUGGCAACAUUCCACGUCAACACAUCCUAGUCACACUGUCCGUGCUGACAGCCUGGUGUUUCUCCUUUCUGAUAGUGUUCACCAUACCUUUGGAUGUAACAUCGACUUUGUAUCGACAGUGCGUGGAAAAACAUAAACCAGUUCCAGAAUCAGAAUUGGGCAACAGGGACAAUGGAAGCAUUAUAGCUACAAUUACCACCCCCAUGACCAACAAUGUUCACCCAGUAGAAUGCCAGGAAGCCUGGGGAAUGGUGCCUGCAUACGUAUUUCCCAAUUUAUGGCGCAUCAUCUAUUGGAGUUCGCAGUUUCUCACGUGGCUAAUUAUGCCGAUGAUGCAAUCGUAUCUCAAGGCUGGCGAUUUCACAAUAAAAGGCAAACUCAAAUCGGCGUUGAUCGAGAAUGCAAUCUACUAUGGCUCCUAUUUGUUCAUAUGUGGCGUGUUGCUCAUUUACAUUGCUGUGAAAGGCGUAUCGCUGGAUUGGCAAAAGCUGAAAGCGAUUGCUUCGUCGGCAUCUAAUACAUGGGGCCUUUUUUUACUCAUCAUACUGCUAGGCUAUGCUCUGGUCGAAGUGCCCCGUUCACUGUGGAACAAUGCCAAACCGGGAUUUACGCUACAAUACGCAUAUUUUAAGGCUGCGAAGCUCAGCACGGAUAAGGCCGAGGCGGAGGAGCAUGUCGAUGAUGUGUUAGAGUCGCUGCAGUGCAUCAGUCGGGCUGUGCCUAAUAAUCAUGAGCUACGUCCGUGCGUCGAGACAAUAAUGCGAAAAGUACCAAUCGAGCUACAAGAAAGAGCCACUCGUAAUUUUGCCCGCAGCGGAGGCAACGGCAUGGCCGGCACCACCUCCACCAUUGUGCCCUCUGAGAAGGCACUUGUGCGCAUACACAAACAGGUAAUCAAGUCACUGCAAACAUUGCAACGAACUGAGGCAUUGUGGAGCGUACAGGUGAAUACGGUCCUCCAUCUGGAGGAUGUCGCUCGCAACGUACACUCUGCUGAACGUCGAUUCAAAACGGAGUUCCCACGGCAACGUACGCAAUUGGAAAGAAUCUGCUAUAGCGCCACAAUACAAUGGUACUGGGAGUGCCUCUUGAAAGCGCCGUUCUUUAAGGCGUUGUGCGUGGUGACUGCCACAAUGUCUGCAAUGGUCGUGUGGAGCGAACUGACCUUCUUUUGUCGCCGCCCCGUGUUGUCUAUAUUCGCGAAUGUCAUUAACGUGGCCAACUCAAACAAUGACUUCUUCACCAUUGAACUGUUCUCUAUGAUCGUGCUGUGCUAUUUCUUCUACUGCACCUAUUCCACCAUUCUGCGCAUACGGUUUCUGAACUUAUAUUAUCUGGCACCGCAUCAUCAGACGAAUGAACACAGCUUGAUAUUCAGUGGAAUGCUGCUCUGUCGAUUAACCCCGCCCAUGUGUCUUAACUUCUUGGGACUCAUUCACAUGGACUCGCACAUAAUACAGAAGCGCAUUAUGGAGACUUAUUACACACAGAUAAUGGGUCAUAUGGAUGUCAUCGGUAUCAUUUCCAAUGGCUUCAACAUUUAUUUUCCCAUGUGCAUGUUGGCAUUUUGCUUGGCCACCUGGUUUAGUCUGGGCAGUCGGGCACUCAACGCAUUGGGCUUUCAACAGUUCUUGCAACACGAAACGAUUGCAACGGAACUGGUGCAGGAGGGCAAAGAUUUAAUAGCGCGCGAAAAGCGCCGCCGACAACGUGCCGAGGAGGCAAUCGCUAGGCGGCGCGAUUUCACGCGACCCGAUGCGCUGCCCAACCAUGAUUAUAUUGGUAAAUAUCGUGCCGGAGCGGGCGGUGGUGGGCUAAGCAGUGGCGGCGUUACUGGCUCAUUUGCCAGCACUCGCACGCCGGCUGAUGGUUUGCUACGAGAUGGAGAUGUCGGCUAUGACUACGCUGCUGUGGCCUCCUCGUCGGCCCUGGGUGUACCACGCUCGUUGUCGGAAGAAAUCAAUGAACGCUUCGGUGUCAGCACUCAAAUGCAAGUCGGUUUCCGAGGCGCCAAUGAGCCGGACGAUGAAGAGAACGAACGUCGCAUAGUUGGGCCGCCGCCACGGGGUCUUUUCGAUGAUGUGUAGAAGGCUCGAAAUUUACAUUCUA